AUGACGCGUCUAUAUAGCCGCCUCCGUUGCCGCCUCCACACAGUCACCAGCCACUGCUUCCUUGACAGAGUGGUUCAAGAAUCUGUCGCGCUGGAACACCCGCAGCAUGAUUUGACCUUUGUUUUUAACCGGAGAAUGGGAACAGUUCUGUUUUUCCCAUGUUUGAGAAAGUGUGUGUUGUGUGCAGGUGAUCGCCUACUAGAUAUACCGUGCAAAGUGUGCGGAGACCGCAGUUCCGGCAAACAUUACGGCAUCUACAGUUGUGACGGUUGUUCUGGAUUCUUCAAGCGCAGCAUCCACCGUAACAGAGUAUACACGUGCAAGGCGCAGGGAGAACUGAAGGGUCGGUGCCCUAUAGACAAAACUCACCGCAAUCAGUGCAGAGCUUGCAGACUCAACAAGUGCUUUCAGUCAGCCAUGAACAAGGACGCUGUCCAGCACGAGAGGGGGCCUCGCAAACCGAAGCUGAACAAGGAGGGUAUGGGGGGUCACCAGCACGGACACGGGGGUGAGCAGAGUGCCACGUCCCCCCUCAAGUUGCCACACCCCCCGCUGUUCCCCGCCGGCUCUAAAGUCUCCCGAGCUCCACAUCCUAUGUUCCUGCCGCACCAGCCGCCUCCUCCAGGCCUCCUACAGAUCUUGAUGUCUGCGGAAAAAUGUCAGGAAGUCCUCUGGAGCAGCAAAUCGGAAUCAGGACAGACUGCACCAUGGGCGUGUCCUCCCCGGUAUCCAGGUCCUGCACUUCCAUUGUCCUUGUCACCCUCCUGGGAGGUCCUCCGGAAACUACGGCCCGCCUGCCUGCUGUUCAUGGCGGUACGCUGGGUACGCUGCCUCGCGCCUUUCCAGACUCUGUCCAAAAGAGACCUGCUGUUACUCCUCCAGGAGUCCUGGAAGGAGUUAUUCCUGCUGCACCUUGCUCAGUGGUCCAUCCCGUGGGAUCUAUCGCCGUUGUUCAACUCCAGCAAGGCCCGGGAGCGUCUGCCCCCAGACGAUCCAGUGGUCAACAACGAGAUCAAAAUCAUCCAGGAGAUUUUAGCGAGGUUCCGCCAACUCUCUCCGGAUGGGAGUGAGUGCGGCUGCAUGAAGGCGGUCAUACUUUUCACUCCAGAGACGCCAGGUUUGGUGGACGUGCAGCCAGUAGAGAUGCUGCAGGAUCAAGCGCAAUGCAUUCUGGGAGACUACGUGCGCGGGAGAUACUCCCGCCAACCCACACGAUUCGGCCGCUUCCUCCUUAUGUUACCUAGUCUCCGUGCGGUUCGCCAAGCCACCGUAGAGCGACUCUUCUUCAAGGAGACUAUCGGAGACAUCCCCAUUCAGAGGCUAUUGGGAGACAUGUACCUUAUGGAGAAGUCUUACGCUUAGGUUUGCAAAUAUUUUGUUCGUUUUAUUUUGAGAGAAUUUUGACUAAAAAGUCUUAAGCCGAUUAGGAGGUGGUUAUUAUUUAUUUGUUUAAAAAGUGAAACAUAAAAGCCGAUGUGGCUACAUAUUUAAAAUUGUACUCUAAACCGAAAUUUGUAACUUUUGUUUGUGUUUGGCUUGCCAAAAACUUCUCGGGUUAUUAAAAAUGACAUACAUCUCUGUUUCCUACAAAUAAGGUAUCUAUUGUGGAAAAGGGUUGAUUCAAUGUGAAUGUUGAGUUUACCUAUCACUUAGUAGACGCGUGAAAUCUAACGCCGUCACAGACUUGACUCCUGGAAUCUGGAGGCAUCAAUCUGAAGAAAUCUAAAAAAUAGUAGGCGAUGAAGUGUGCACUCAAUUGUGCACCUGAGUCAAUGAGAACACCUUUUCGCCUAGAUUGCACUAAAUUUUGUAGUUUAUGUGUCUCUGAUGUUGAACUGAUGCUAAAUUCUUCUUUUAAUCUCUUCAGAUCGACAUGACUCCAAAUUUCAGGAGUCAAGUCUGUGACAACAUAUUUCAGACGCUGCAUUAAGCAGAAGAAAUACACACAAUAUAUACAUCUCUUUUAAAUUGAACUGAAAAAUCCUGUACGACAUUUAUGUUUAAAUAAUUACCAAUUAGGUAUAUGUUAACUAAAAGUAAAUUUGAUGUAAUAAACCAGCACUGGAUUCAUGUAGUAGUGUAAAACAAUG